CCCACCGAAGAUAACGAGGAGUAUUCUCGCGAGAUCUGCAAUCUUCUUAAAUUCGACAAUUGGGAGAUUCUGAUGCAAUCAUCGGACAUACCGAAGAAGCUGAACCCAGAAGUAGUUUCAAAUGUUCUUCAUCAUAAUCAGCUAUUGUGGCUUCUAUACUUUGCAGCUAUAGAAACUGUGAAGGUGCUAGCGCUAAGGUGUUUGAUAUAUUAAUUGACACUUACAAGAAGAUGGGUAUGUUGGGGGAAGCUGCUGAUGCAUUUUUAGCUGCUAAAAAUGGCAAUGUUUUGCCUAGUUUACGGUGCUGUAAUUCUCUCUUGAAAGAUCUGUUGAAGGAUAAUAUGAUUGGGAUGUUUUGGAAGGUCUAUGAUGGAAUGUCGGAGGCCAAAAUAUCUCCUGAUGUUUACACAUAUACCAGUUUGAUUGGAGCUUUAUGCAAGACAGGGAACAUCAAGGAGGCAAAGAGGGUUCUUUUUGAAAUGGGGGAGAAGGGUUGCAGUCCCAGCUCGGUUACUUACAAUGUGGUUAUUGGAGGUUUAUGUAGGGCUGGGGAUCUUUAUGAUGCUUUUGAGUUGAAAAAAUCCAUGGUAGAGAAAGGUUUGGUCCCGGAUAGCUAUACAUACACCACGCUUAUUAAUGGGUUUUGCAAUAAGAAGAGGUUUGAAGAAGCAAAACUGAUGUUAGCGGAGAUGCCUGAAAAGGGUCUGAAUCCUGGUCAUUAUCCCUACAUGGCUUUGAUGGAUGGGUUCAUGAGAGAAGGUGACAUAGAAGAGGCUUUCAAAAUUAAGGACGAGAUGCUGACAGGGGGUGUUCAACUCAAUCUUGACACAUAUAACAUUCUUGUUCAUGGGGUUUGUAAAGCUCGGAAAAUGGAAAAGGCACACCAACUCUUGAAUGAGAUGAUUGAAAGAGGAUGGUUACCUGAUUCCAGGACAUAUACUUUAUUGAUUGAAGGCUACUGUCGAGUGCAGAAUAUGGGCCGGGCCUUUGAGCUACUUGAUGAGAUGAAGAGGCGGAAUUUAUCACCCUCAAUGCGGACUUACAGUGUAAUAAUUAAUGGGCUAUGCCAACGUGGGGAUUUCCCUCAAGUUAAUGGUGUUUUGUCAGAAAUGGUUUCUAGGGGUUUCAAGCCUAACGCUGUUGUGUACACAACUCUUAUUACAGGUUACUGUCGUGAAGGUAAAAUUGAAGAGGCAACGAGGGUCUUAAAGGAAAUGAGUGAGAAAGGGGUUGAACCUGAUGUAUUCUGCUACAAUUCUCUUCUAAUUGGCCUCUGCAAAGCCAGGAAGAUGGAAGAAGCAAGAACUUACUUAGAGGAAAUGGUGGAGAGGGGGUUGAAUCCAAAUGUUUUUACUUAUGGGGCUUUCAUCGAAGGCUAUAGUAACUCCGGUGAAAUGCUGGAGGCUGGCAGGUAUUUUUGUGAGAUGCUAGAACGUGGUCUGGUGCCAAAUGAUGCUAUUUAUACACUCUUAAUUAGUGGGCAUUGUAGAGCAGGGAAGGGAGAGGAGGCAUUGUCAACAUAUCGAAAUAUGCUUGGACGAGGGAUUCUCCCAGACCUAAAAACUUAUAGUGUACUCAUUCAUGGUCUCUCGGACAAUGGAAACGUUCAAGAGGCUAUAGGGGUCUUCUUGGAACUUCAAGAGCAUGGUUUGUCUCCUGAUGCUUUCAUUUACAAUUCACUUAUCUUUGGGUUCUCCAAGCAAGGUGAAAAUCUAAAAGCUCUCAAACUUUGUGAUGAGAUGCGUGAGAAGGGUAUUGAACCAAGCAUAAUUACUUUAAAUGCAUUGAUCAAUGGCUUAAGCAAGUCGGGUGAUCUUAAGAGAGCUAGAGAACUGUUUGACAGCAUCUCAGGAAUAGGUUUAGUGCCCAACACUGUGACUUACACCACAAUGAUAGAUGGCUACUGUAAAUCAGGAUAUGUUACUGAGGCAUUUAAUUUAUUCAAUGAGAUGCUGUUAAAGGGGAUCCCUCCUGACAGUUUUCUUUACAGUGCACUGGUUGAUGGUUGCUGCAAGGAAGGUAACAUGACGAAGGCUAUGGAAUUGUUUCAUGAAAUGUUGAAGAAGGGCUUUGCUACUACACGUGCUUUCAACACUUUAAUUCAUGGGUUCUCAAAGAUUGGAGAGCUGCAUGAAGCCAACAGAUUGUUGGAAGAGAUGACUGAUAAGAAGGUCGUACCUGACAACGUGACGUACACGAUUCUGAUUGACUGCUACUGCAAGUUGGGGAUGAUGGAGGAUGCAAACCGGCUCCUAUUGGAGAUGCAGGAAAAGAAUCUAAUACCAAAUGCUGUAACAUACACAUCACUAAUAGACAGUUACAUGAGGCAAGGUAACUCAUCAAAGGCAACGGAAUUAUUUGAGGAGAUGGUGGCAAAGGGCAUAAAGCCAGAUGAAGUCACCUUUGGUGUAAUGGAAAAUGCUCUAUACAAAGAAAAGGAAUUGAUUCAGGUAAUUUUAUUAGUAAUUAUGAUCUCAAUUUUGUUGUUGUCAAUAUUCUUUUUAUUGCUACAAUUAUACCACAUGGGGUACUGUUGGAUGCAAUAUGCCAUCCUACAGUUUCAUCACAUUAUCAUAUCGACUCCGAGAUUGUUCAGCUAGUAUGCUUGUCAUGCUCUUCUGAGACUAGGUUUGUUUCUUGUGUAGAGUUCCUGUUUUAACCUACAGUUCAUAUUUUCCUCCUUUUUUUUUCCUCCCCGUUUUUGGAUUAGCACCCACAAAAGAUUGUACUUUCAUUUCUCAAGAAGUAUGAAAGUGCAAGUUAAGUAAAACCGUGUCUGCCCAAAAUCUCUAUACUACAAUGUAAUGAUGUAUACAAAAAGUGGGCACCAAAAGCAUCUACAAAAAAUCUUAAAUAUAUCAUCAGAAAGCAAGGAAUCCCAUCUGGAAGAGAAAUUUUUCCUAUGUACACCCACAAAUUCUUUACAUGCUAUUGCACAAUCAAGUAAAUGCCCAAUAAUAUCGGCAAAGAUUCUUGGGAGAACUCUACAAUUGUC